AUGCUCGUUCAACUCGACGAAAUCCUCACAGGCUGGACCCCAGACCAGAAGCUAGACUUCAACCAGAUGCCGCUACGCCUCGCCGGUUCAGAGCCCUGCCUCUUCUACUCGCUCCUCGCCAAUGCUGCUAUCAUGAUGCCGCCCGGUCUCAUUUCCCCAACCAUACCACGAUGGCUACAGACUCGCACCGCCGAAUGCCUCAAUCAAGCCUUUUCAGAUCCCAAACGCGCAUACGCCGACGCUACGAUUCUGACAUUGAACAUGGUAGCUCUCUUCGAAGCGCUCAACGGCAAGGCAAAAACAGCUGGUUCCACUCACCAACCUGUACUCCGCCGUAUGGUCAACGAACGCGGUGGACUCGCCCGUAUUGCCAGCAGGGACAACGAAGACUCGAAGAAUAUGGUCAGAUUCUUGGUUUGGACCGACAGGGUCAUUCACAGUCAGACUGGCAACCCCCUGAUGUUUGAAGGCUUUAGGGAGGAUGAGAGUGUGGCUAGGACAAAUUGGGAUGGCAUUUGGGCGAGGAUGGAGAAGAGGGUCGAGGAGAACGAGCCGCAGCCUAUCGAGGAGGUGCCUGAUUGCUGA